AUGGACGAACAGAACCAGAACGAUGAGCUAUACCCCAUUGCCGUCCUCAUCGACGAAUUAAAGCAUGACGAUGUCCUGCUACGACUCAAUGCCAUUCGGAGACUGUCCACUAUUGCCCUCGCCCUUGGCCCUGAGCGCACGAGGGAUGAGCUCAUACCCUUUCUUGAUGGUGUGCCCAACUCAUGCAUAUGA